AUGGCAGAAAAUACGAACAAUACCUUUUCCGUGCACCAAACCAUCAAUUCAGAUGACUGGCACUACAGGCAAUCCGAAGCGUCUCAAGACUGGCUCCUGCAAACCGCCGGGAUAGAACCAGACCUCUAUGCCUAUCUGGUGCUGGCCCGCAACCCAGAAAGCCCCACCAAGCCCAAAAAGUGGAGUCAGGAAGAAGAGUCCAUCAAGCCAAAGAGCCUCAUUGCAGACAUGUUGUCCAAUUACGGCAGCUUGACAAAAUCUGCUCCCUUUGUCGCGACUGAUUAUUCCAAGAAUAAGUUGACUUCAACGGAUCAAGUCAUCAUUGACAUACGGCAAGAGAGCUCUUAUCUAAAGGAGUUCAUCCUACCCCUGAAAGAAAAUGUUGAACGCCAAAUGAAGUUUGUCGAAACGAUGCACGCCCAACUCUGGAUCCGCAGUCCAGCAGUACAAGGGACAUUGAACCGAGCCGUGGAUCGCUAUACCAAAUUCGUUGAGCUCUUCGAAGCAUACCCUGGGAGCGUGCUCGUGCCAACAAUCGAUAUCGAUCUAGUUUGGCAUACGCAUCAGGCCUCAGCGACAGAAUACCAGAGGUCGAUGAUCAACCGAACUGGCCGCUUCGUGGAUCACAAUGAUAAGAUAGGGAAGCCGAUUUUGAGUGGUGGAUUGGAAAAAACAGCCAAGCUGUUUACAGAGCGUUUUGGAGAAACAUAUACCAGAUGUCUUUGCUGGGAUUGUGAGGCUUCAACAUCUGCAUUCGACAACUCUGACGGUGAUGUCGACGAUGAAGUCAUAGAUUUACUUGUCAAAAAGGUGCAGGAUGACCUGGAGUAUUACAGAUUAGUUGAGUUGACAAGGCGUAAUGGAGGUCCGUUGCCUGUGCGGCAAUGA